AACUGUCCAAUGAUAUUCAGAUAAUUUCACUAUAGUUUUAUCAAUCUCUCCUAUUGUCUCUUUGUGUUUGACAAGUUUUUGUAAUAACUUUGUGUUUUGACAGUUGAAGAUGUCUACUGUUUGUGCAGAUUUGUGUGUAUUUUCUGUGUUGUGUUGUGAUGUUGGGAUUUAGACAGUUCUUAUUAAAGUGCUGCUGGCGGUUUGGCGAGAUGCACACAGCCACAGCAGAGGGCCAGUACCGGGGCACCAACGGAGCAACACACCCGAGGGAUAAAGUCGCCAUCCUAGACGCUGGCUCGCAGUAUGGAAAGGUGAUAGAUCGCCGUGUACGCGAACUAUGCGUGGAAUCCGACAUCUUGCCGUUAGACACCCCGGCGUACCAUCUCAAGGAGGCAGGGUACCGCGCUAUCAUCAUCUCAGGAGGCCCCAACUCUGUCUACGCUGAAGAUGCGCCGAGAUAUGACGCUGAUAUAUUCAAGAUCGGACUCCCCGUGUUAGGUAUCUGCUAUGGCAUGCAAAUGCUGAACAAGGAGUUCGGGGGCUCCGUGCUGCGCAAGGACGCCCGAGAGGACGGACAGUACGAGGUCGAAGUGGAAACCACGUGCCCCCUGUUCAACCGCCUCGAGAAACUCCAGCCAGUACUGUUGACCCAUGGAGACAGCGUGCAGAGAGUCGGAGACCGUUUCCGCGUCGGCGCCCAGUCGUCCAACCAUCUCAUCGCGGCCAUAUAUAAUGAGCAAAUGCGCUUAUAUGGAGUCCAGUUUCACCCUGAGGUGGACCUAACCCCGAAAGGCAAACAGAUGCUGUCUAACUUCCUGUUCGACAUAGCGGGCAUGUCGCGCUCGUUCACGCUCCGCUCGCGCCGCGAGGCCUGCGUCCAGUACAUACGCGACGCCGUCGGAGACAACAACAAAGUUCUUGUUUUGGUGAGCGGGGGAGUUGACUCAACAGUGUGCGCUGCUCUGCUUCGGACCGCGCUGCGCGAGGACCAAGUCAUCGCGCUACACAUCGAUAAUGGAUUCAUGCGUAAGAACGAGAGCUCUAAAGUGGAGAGGUGUCUCCGUGAGCUGGGAGUUAGGCUUCAUGUCAUCAACGCGUCUCAUCAGUUCCGGCAAGGCAGCACAGUGGUCCGCGAGGCCGGAGGCCGCACGCGGAGCACUCCACUGCUCUGCCACACACAGGCUCCAGAAGACAAGCGUCGCAUCAUCGGCGACGUGUUCAUUCGUAUCGCUGAGCAGGCCGUGCGCGACCUUAACCUGCAGGAGGACCAAGUUCUCCUCGGUCAAGGCACGCUCCGCCCCGACCUGAUCGAAUCAGCAUCAGCCUUGGCUUCAGGCAACGCGGCCACAAUCAAGACGCACCACAACGACACGGAUCUAGUGCGUGCGCUGCGGGCGCGUGGCAGAGUGGUUGAGCCGCUCAAGGACUUCCACAAGGAUGAGGUCCGAGCCCUAGGCCUCGAGCUCGGCCUCCCGUCCGGCUUGGUGGCGCGGCACCCGUUCCCGGGCCCCGGGCUGGCCGUGCGCGUGCUGUGCCAGGACGAGCCGCGCGCCGAGCGGGACUUCUCCGAGACUCAAGUCAUAGUAAAAAUAAUGGUAGAGUACGCGAGCAUGAUCGUCAAGUCGCACGCUCUACUAGGCCGCGUAGUGAACGCGACCACGGCCCCAGAGCAAGCAGAGCUCAAACGCAUCUCGUCCAAGUCGCCCAUCGCUGCUGCAUUACUGCCGCUGCGCUCCGUGGGCGUGCAGGGUGACGCACGAACGUACAGCUACGCGGUAGCACUGUCGACGGAGCGCUACCCGCCCGACUGGAAAGAUAUGCACUACCUCGCCAAGAUCAUACCUCGCGUCUGCCACAACGUUAACAGGGUGUGCUACGCAUUCGGAGGGCUGAUCAAAGAGCAAGUAACAGACAUCACGCCGACUUUCCUCACACAGCAGGUCAUCUCAACUAUCCGCCAAGCGGACGACAUUGCCACACAGGUCCUGUUGUCAAGCGGCGCAGCAUCCCGCAUCGCGCAGAUGCCCGUGGUCCUCAUCCCCAUACACUUCGACCGCGACGCCGCCACCCGGGCUCCUUCCUGCCAGCGCUCCAUAGUGCUCCGGCCCUUCGUCACUUCGGACUUCAUGACUGGUGUAGCAGCCCUGCCUGGUUCAGACGCCAUGCCGCAGGAUGUGAUAGACAGAAUGCGCAAAGAGCUAAUGAGCGUGCCGGGCAUCUCGCGCGUGCUGUACGAUCUCACACCGAAGCCGCCCGCCACCACCGAGUGGGAAUGAUCGCCCAACCUUUUAUAUGUUUCUACUCGUCUUGUACUAUUGCACCCGGGGCAGUGGUCCACUUUGCAGCUCUGAUGGCCUCUGGCCGAUCACCGAUAAUCCCAUGUGAUUUGCUACAUCGCGGCAUUUGGUCGAUCGAUUGAAUUCGGCAGUUAUCUAAAAUCGCAUGUCAUUUGUUGCAACGUCUGUAGAGUCUCCAGGCCGCUAGCUGCAAUUUUAUAAGUUGCAACACUAAGUGGCUACUUUACAGGUUACUAUUUUACUAGUCUAAACCUGCAGCAUAAAACCCAACAAGAAUAUUAUACCUUUGACCGCCAAAGCAAAGACGUCAACUGACGCGCGUGGAUACAGCCCAAUAUCAACCUUCGUGCAUGCCGACAAGGUUCAUAAUGACAGGGCAUAAAGGUUUCAGAAAUUACGCAAAUCUGAACCCUAUUACUUUGGUAUUUCAAAGUUCAAAAUCUAUGUGGGUUGCCUCUGUCUUAAACGCGUCAUACGAUAAGUCAAACGCGUCAGUGAUACCAGUUUAGACUUUUAAAAUUGUAUCUUGUAAGAUCUUAAAUGCCAUAUUCAAAUGUUGCCAGUAAAAUUGAAGUAUAGGUUUGGUUUGAACCUCAAAUUUUAAUUCCUUUAACACAAGGAAUAGUUGUGUGCGUCUGAAUAUACUGAUGAAGCUCAGUUAUAGUCGGAAUGGCGGCGUAAAGGUACAAUCAUAUAUGAAAUAGUCAUGAUUUUAAGUCAUAGCACAGAAUAAAUAAUAGUAGUAAGGUACAGAAGGUUCACUAUCUAACAAAACGCGUCUAUUACGACAGAUAUGACCACAAGGUGGCGCAAGCGGGAGCAGGCGUCCUUACCAUAGCGGUGCGCGGCAACUACUACUGCUAGACACCAAAACUGGUGUGGCCGCAUGUACUUGUAGCGACGCAACGAAAUCACGGAGUGAGCCACGCCUGGUCAUAGCACUUACAAACUAGCCUCAUAUAUUACAAUUAUUUCACUUAUGCAUUAGUACUUAUAUAAUCGUUCGUAAUAUAAAAUACGUAGUUACAUUGUCCUUAUGCCGCCAUAUGACUACAAUUUAUUUACACAAUUCCACGUUGGAUCUCCAUGCGUGAUUCGUCUGUAGUAUCUAUACUUUACAAUUAUACUAUGUAUGUAUAUAUUUAUAACGUAAUCACAGUCAAUUGUGUUCAUAUUAUAAAAAAGCUACGCUCGAUGUACUGUAUUGAAUUAUUUUUAUAAUAAUGCAAAUAAGUGCCUAAUUCGAAUAGAAGCAGAUGGUAUGACUGUUUUCGAGACAGUAGCUUUCCAAGUGCAAUUUUUCCUUGCGAUCAUGUAAUAAUUUAUGUAUAACUUUAUUCACUAUAUACUCUGUUAUCUUGUCUCACUUGUUAAAUAUCAUUUGAUUUUUCUGUUUCAUAUUUCAUUCGGACCAGUCAAUCUUUUUUGUUUCUAUUGCCAGAUAUGAUAAUGUCUUUAUGAAACUUAACUAUUUUAAGUAUGCAGUUGUUACGCGGUUAUCAACUUAUUACUGUGGAUGUGCGCGCCGCUCCGGUGUGAGAGCGAACCAACGCUUUGUAAUAUGCGAUGUCACGCUCGAACACUUGAGCCGCGUCCGGAUCUGUAUCCAAUGUGAAGACCGCCUUAUACAAUGUGUGAUUGUAGUUAUUUAUUUUGGCGGCUGAUGAACUUUUGUUUUAUUUAACCUAGAUAUUGGUGUCUGUUGGUUUUGUUUCACUGUUAUGUGUAUUAUAAUAUAGAUAGAUAGUAUAUCUGUUCUGGACCACUGCCCGUCAUUAUAAAGAGUUGUAAAUACAUUGGUGUAAGAAACACAAUGUCGAGGUUCUUGUUAGCUCCACUGAUCAGUUUUGUAACUUGUAGUAAUUUAUUGUAAAGGCUGUGUAAAAAUUAUUAAAAAGCCCUUUAAUGUUCCGCUCGACAAGAUUAUACUGGGGUCGUGUAUGAAAUCGAAAACAAAUUGUUUUAUGGAAUGGUUCAGUGUUAUUGACUGGAGGUUUCAUAAUAAAAUUAUAUUAUGCUUUA